AUGAACGACAGCUCGUGCUCGCAGUCCAAUGCCAGCAGCACGGACGGACAGCUGCUCUUCGAGUUCGUGGCGUACGGCGUGCUGCUGAACCUGAUCGGUAUCUUCGGGAUCGUAGGCAACAUCAUUUCGAUGAUCAUACUAUCGCGGCCACAGAUGCGCUCGUCCAUCAACUACUUGCUGAUCGGGCUGGCGCGCUGCGACACCGUGCUGAUCGUGACGUCGGUGCUGCUGUUCGGGCUGCCGGCCAUCUACGGGUACACGGGGAUGCUGAUGGCGUACUUCUACUACGUGUACCCGCUCGUGGCGCCCAUCGUGUUCCCCGUGGCGCUGAUCGCGCAGACGGUGUCGGUCUACCUGACGCUGACGGUGACGCUGGAGCGCUUCGUGGCGGUGUGCCACCCGCUGCAGGCGCGCUCGCUCUGCACGUACGGCCGCGCGCGCCUCUACGUUCUGCUCAUCCUGGCACUCGCCACCGUCUACAACCUGCCGCGCUUCUGGGAGGUCACGCACGUCGAGGACUUCAGCCCCAUCACCAACUCCACCAUCUACACUGUGGCGCCCACCUCCCUGCGCGACAACCGCAUCUACAUCUCAGUCUACAUACACUGGCUCUACUUCAUCUUUCUCUACAUCCUGCCGUUCGCCUGCUUGGCCGUGCUGAACACCGCAAUAUACCGUCAGGUGAGGAAGGCCAACCAAGAACGGCAACGCCUGUCCCGGCUGCAGAAGAAGGAGAUUGGGCUCGCGACGAUGCUCCUGUGCGUCGUCAUCGUCUUCUUCCUCUGCAACAUCCUCGCUCUGGUAAACAACAUUCUGGAGGCAUUCUACUGUAUAAACAUCGACCAGCUGGUCAAAACGAGCAACCUGCUCAUCACCAUCAACUCGUCGGUGAACUUCGUGAUCUACGUAAUAUUCGGGGAGAAGUUCAAGCGUCUGUUCCUGAAGAUGUUCUGCUCGCACGGCCGGUGGCUGGGCCACGGUGGCCGCGACUCGCCGGACGGCACGCACGACGACAGCCUCGUGUCGAAUGGCGACGGCCGCCACUACUCGAUCCGGCUGCAGCGCAGCGUCACCAGACAUGCUAGCCGGCGCCAGGGGCCACGCGCCCCCUCGCCUGGGCCCUGCGUCUAUUAUCCCAAGCGCACCCACGAGUGGGACGCCACCACCUCCACCACCGUCAACAAGCUGUGA